UGAAAAUCUAUGGAAACAAAAGUUUAGGGCCGAACAACUACAUCUUGACAAACUGAAGACAGAGAUGAAGGAGGAGAGAGAAGAUCUGGAAAAAGUGAAUGAGACGAUGAACAAUUAUAAAGUGGACUUGGAGCUGAUGAGAUCUGACAUCCAGAAACAAACUGACCUAUUACAACAGAAUAAACAUUAUUUGAAAGAUGAAAGGCAGAACUUGGAAAUGACAAAAACCGAGUUACAAAAGAAGAUAAAACAUGCAGACAACCUGUUUGAUGACAUAAACAGAGAGAAAAGCAACAUUAAAGAUCUGACUCUUCAGGUUCACACACAGAGAAACAAACUUCAGAAUGUGAUGAACAUGAUUGCCUUGAAGCAAAGAGAGCAAGAAGUAAAGGAUAGUGACAUCAGGAGACAAAUUCAAGAACUACAAACCCAGAAGAACAGUGUGUUGGCAGAAAGAGAAGAACUGGAUGUUUUGAGGAUGGAUCUCAACAAUAAGAAUCGUGAGGUUGAAGCUGCCAUGAACACCAUCAGUCAAGAGAAAGAAGACUUUAUUCAGAUGAAGGCUGAAGUAGAAAAAGAGAGAGAACUGCUUUUGAUUGAAAAGGAAAUAAUGGAAGGACAAUGGUCUGAUUUGAAAAAGACAGAAAACAAACACAUGGAUAAAAUGAAAUCCAUUGAAUCUCUGAGAGUAAGACUUCAAGAGCUUGAUGACAGGAUGAGUCAAGACAUGAACCACAAAAUCAUCAGAUUGGAACAAAACAAGGAAGACAUCCUGAAACUGGUCAGUAUUCUAGAGGAAAAGCACGAGGCUCUGAAUGUACAUAAAAUCAAUAUGAAGAGUUGCACUGAGAUGCUCGGGAGCAGAAAGGACAGAAGAAGUCUGAUGUAA